AUGGGGCCCAUUCUGAGUUUAGUGGAGCCAGUGGUUGUCAUCAAUAAAUUGGGGACAUCUUUCUUUGAGAUGGCCCUCACACAGACCGUGUACAACCGUUCGAUGAAGGCAGCAGCAGGAGAUAGCAAUCAAGCACAGGCAAUGUCCUCACGCUUUCUUCUAAUUCAGAGCGUGUUGUCCUCUGUGAUGGCAAUGUUGUCCAUCAUUCCACUGAGUCGUAUGGCAGACCAUCAUGGACCUAAAGUCUUCUUGGUGUCAUCUCAAAUGGGUUCUGUUUUGGGCAUGUUUACGCUUGUCAUCUUCAUGUACUGUGAGGUUCCCCUAGAGUUUCUUUACUUGGGAUCUUUGUUGCAUGGAUUGAGCGGAGGUGGGCCAAUGUUCUGGGCCGGGGUGGCUGCUUUGGCAUCUCUGAGCUCAGAGCAGAGAAAACGCACUCUUAAACUCAACAUCGUGGACUUCUGUUUUGGGAUCGCAGGGGUUGUGGGAGGUCUCCUUUCUGGAUAUCUGUACCAAGUAGGACCAUCAGUUCUCCUCCUGACAGCCAUUUUGAUCACCACUGUUGCACUAUUGUACUCUGUGUUCGCCCUCUCUGAUUCAAGAUUGUCUUAUUCUGAGGGAAUGGUCGGAGCAGAAAAUGUGCUCCAGCUGUUUGUGCUGAAGCCUCCUCUGAGCUGGGACUCAGUGUGGGCAGGAUAUGGCAGGGCGGCCACCAGCGCCAUGUACCUCAGUAGUUUUUUAGCAGUCCUAAGUUUGUUCAAUGUGAUGGGGGACACAGCCCUUACACUUCUUGGUAUUGUGUCCAACUGCACUGGGAUGGCAAUCAUGGCAUUCACAAUGGAAAGCUGGAUCUAUUUCCUGGGCCGAGUCUUUGGGCUGCUCCAGUUGCUUCUGGCUGUGACUGAUCUUUUAUCAAACGUCUGUUUCACUUCCAUUUACCCGCUAACUCUCAGGUGGUUCAGUGGCUUCUGCUUUAUCCUCUCCUGUGCUAUUAGUUAUAUCAGCGCUGUCCCGAUCAUUUAUCUAAGUGGCCGAACCUUGAGAGAUGGAGCCAUCUGA